UUUAUUUAAUAAUAAAUGGCAAGAGGUACACCAGCAAUCGGUAAAAGACAUUAAAAGACUCAUACAUUUUGUAAAAGAUGUGGUCGAUAAACAUUCCACAUUUAAAAAAAUAGAUGUGCUUCCUGCGGAUAUCCAGCGGCAAGAUUGAGACUUUAUAGUGGAUGGGGAGAAAAAGUGGCUAGACGCAGAUCAACAGGAACAGGAAGAAUGAGAUACUUAAAAUCUAUUGCAAGAAGAGCAAAGAAUGGGUUUAGAGCAGGAACUUAGGCAUAACCAAAAGUUAAUAAAACUUAAAAAAAGUGAAUAAUCAUGCUUUUAAAAAUAAUGCAUUAAUUCUACAUCAUUUCUU